GUGACGUAAAUUCUGGGGCUUUGUAGAUCUAGGUAACAGCGUGCUUUGAGCAGCUCGUAGCGGUUUCAGCGUUAGUGCUAUAGCCACAAACAAACAAACAGGGCCUUUAAAAUAAGGGGUUUCGUGCGGAGACAUAGUCAAAAGGGCCACAGUCAGACGUAGGCACACUAGUCGCAUAACAAAGCAUUGGUGAGACUGCGCGCUAACAAAGCUAACAGUUCCUUAUAGCUAAACAAAGGAAAUGCGAUCGCCAGAUUUGAAAUAAUUACGACUAACUGGGUCAUAACUAGUAGCCAGAAGCAGCGUGUCCAGCUGUGUCCAGCGUAGAGGCAGUUCAGCGUCUUUGUUUAAACCAAAAGCUCUUAGCGACUCUAGACUUCUGAGCGUAUUUCAUGGCGUUUUAUGUCAAUUCGACACCUUGGCCAACUCGUUAAAUGAUUGCAACAUUUAUUAGCAUGAGUUUAUGUGAAGAAUGAAGCUGGCAUUAUGGCCUUAAUGGAGACAAGACAUACGCGUAGAUACCAGUGUCCUGAAUUUAAAAGAAGGUAGCUAACUGCGAGCUAGCUAACGUUUUUGCGAAGCGUUCCUCGGGCUGCUAGCUGUCACAUUUGCCGCUCGUCGUUAUUUCAGUGGCAUAGCUGUUACGCGACACUUGAGCUGUAUAUUCUGGACUAUCUAAUGAGCUGACCCGUGUCCAUACAUUUAACCACAACGUGACUGGAGAAGUGUUUAUUUAGCAUCUAGCUAACAGGCUAAUUACCUAAAGCUAGAGGUGUAGCAACCAUUACAAGGUAAACUUAGCGCGCAUCGCUGUUGUGAUCAAGUAACAGAAAGGGGACAGACAACAAUGGCAACUCCCACAAACGAUGCCUUGUUUUUAAUAAAGGAUGUAAAGCCUGGAUUGAAGAACCUGAAUAUCGUAUUCAUCGUGCUGGAAAUAGGGCGAGUAACCAAAACUAAAGACGGCCACGAGGUGCGCUCGUGCAAGGUGGCGGACAAGAGUGGGAGCAUCGCGAUCUCCGUGUGGGACGAGCUGGGCAGCCUCAUUCAGCCGGGGGACAUCAUCAAGCUGACCAGAGGCUAUGCGUCGAUGUGGAAAGGCUGCCUGACCUUAUACACCGGCCGAGGGGGUGAUCUGCAGAAGAUUGGAGAGUUCUGCAUGGUGUAUUCCGAAGUGCCCAACUUCAGUGAACCAAACCCUGAGCUGCUGGCUCAAGGAAACCAGCAAAACAAGUCUGGAAAACCAGACCAGAAUCAGAGGGGGAACUCUCCGCCCAAUCAGAAUUCAGGUACACCUGCUCCACCAGGUAAUGGUGCCAUGCCCCCAUUUGCCAACCAGCCCCCUGGUGCACCCCGGGAUUCUGCAUUUGGCAAUGCUGGGAGACCGAACGGUCGGUCACCUGGCAAUGGAGCACCUCCGGCUACUGUCGCCGCACCCCCAAUAGCAGCAAAGUCUUCAGUUACCAUUAGCAAUGGCAGGGACCCACGGCGUGCCAAAAGAUGAGGCUGGGGUUGCAGGGACCAAUCAUGGAUGCCACCUCAUCCCUCAAGUCUCUUGAUCUGUCUGAGCGUUUCUGAUCACAGCCUUUAUUGACUCUCAAUAGCUGAAUUGGAGACUAAGUGCAUAAUAUUGAUGCGGCCCAACAAAGUGAUCUGUUCAUCUGUAGUGCAGGUGGUGUUUUGUGAUCCACCCAAUCACUAGCACGGCCUGUUAUUGCAAAGCCUUGAUGGCAGAGUUGUGACCAGUCUAUGUCAUCAUCCUAAAGCUCUUGGUGCAAAUUGACAGUUUUAUACCAGUGUUAACUUCCUCACGCUCUCCUAACGCCCCCUUUUCCUAGUGUCUUUUCCAACUACACACCUACUUGAACACUUGAUGCACUUUCUUCUCUUAAGUUAUGUCGGGCGAACUGUCAUGUAAAUCAGGAAAUCAGUUUCUGCUUUCUAGUGGAAAAGGCCUUAAGUUGUUGAAAGUGAGUACAUGGACUGAAUGCACAAGCAGAGCUGGCCAAAGGGUCCUCCCUCUCAACCAGACUGACUCUGUGGAAGGAGAGGUGUCAAGUUUGAGUUUUUACUUUUGGAUAUUGAGCUUUUUAUUUUUUUCCCCCCUCCACACAUUCAUUUGCUGUCAGCUGUACCUUUUUUUUAUUCAGUUGGGACCACUGAACUACUAGCAAAAUGGUUCACAAUAAAUUUUAGUCAUUUGAUUUUCUGAUUCUGUCAAACACAAGUUGCUGUUGCCAAUAAAACAUUGUGUUGGUUAAACUGCA